AAGUCCUGUAACUUUUACGUUUUUCCACUUCAGCAAUAAUCUUUUUGUCGUUUUUAAAAAGCUCAAAUAAUUAAUUCACGUCAGGUUACGCUGGAAAAUUUAUUUUCAUGCUUAUGCUAAAGAAUCAUAAAAUUCCCUAAAAAUAACAAAUAAUAAAUAGCCUAAAUAAAUAAAUAACAUAUAGCACAUUCAUCGAACAAAUGACCACACCAACAACACUAGAAGGUUCAGUAAAAAACGUGUAGACUUUUAUCUUUUAAUCCUAGGGGGUCCCAAAGAAGCCCAAUUCUAAUUCAUUACAGCACUAUCAACAAACUGCUAUAGUAAUGAGAAGCUACACGAUGGAAAACGAACAGCGCUGUCUCUUCGCUUCUGAGAAACGUGUUAAACUGAUAAAUGCAGCCAUUCUAGUUUGCCUCCUCCCAUCUGGGUCUAAAAGCUGGACUUAAGACAGUCCAAGCGCACUUUACUCUAAAGCUUUUAAUACACGUGUGCCAUGAGUUUCCCAGACUACGACGACAGCACCGCGUUCCUGGGAGACUGGGGACCUUUUCAAAGGACUGUGUUUUUUCUUUUGUGUCUGAGCAUUAUUCCGAAUGGCUUCACGGGUUUAUCCAUGGUUUUCCUGGGAGAUACACCCGCUCAUCGCUGUCUCAUUCCCGCAGCUCUGAAUAUCACGGAUGAAUGGAGAAACGCGUCUAUUCCUCUCGAUGAGGAGAACGAGAACAAAGCUUCUGGAUUCAGUAAGUGUUCAAGAUACAGAAUGGACCUCGUGAAGAGCUAUUCGGAGCGAGGUUUGCUGCCGUGGGUGGAUGUGAAUGUAUCGGCUAUUCCUCGAGAAGGCUGCGUGGACGGCUGGGAGUAUGAUAAAGGAACAUACAUCUCCACGAUUGUUUCAGAGUGGGAUUUGGUGUGUUCAGAUGACUGGAGGGCUCCGCUGACCUCCUCACUCUUCUUCUGUGGUGUUUUGACUGGCUCUGUGAUCUCUGGACAGGUGUCUGACAGGUUUGGCAGAAAAAUAGUGCUGUUUGUUACCAUGGGGAUUCAGACGGUAUUCACCUUCAUCCAAGUCUUCUCCCCAUCUUGGUUGAUAUUUUGUUUGUUGUUUUUUAUUGUUGGAAUUGGCCAAAUCUCAAACUAUGUGGCAGCAUUUGUAUUAGGAAUGGAGAUACUGAGCCCAUCCGUUCGUGACAUCUUCUCCACUCUUGGCGUGUGUCUUUUCUUCUCUAUCGGGUAUAUGAUGCUUCCUCUGGCUGCUUACUUCUUAAGAGACUGGAGAAUGUUGCUGCUGGCCCUCACUGUUCCUGGCUUGUUCUGUGUACCCCUCUGGUGGUUUAUUCCCGAGUCUCCGCGAUGGCUGCUGUCUCAGGGGAGAGUAGACGAGGCCGAGGUCAUUCUGAGAAAGGCUGCCCAGAUGAACGGGAUUAAGGCCCCUGACGUCAUUUUUCCUGGAAUUCAGUCAAGGGAAAAUGCUGGAAGGUUGCGGACCUACAGUCUCUGUGACCUGCUGAAGUCCACUAACAUCCGCUGCAUAACCGUCCUGCUGUGCCUGGUCUGGUCAGCUGUUUCAAUUGGAUACUGUGCCUUGUCUCUGAACACGUCCAAUCUUCAUGGAAACAUCUACCUGAACUGCCUCUUAUCAGCGGUUGUGGAAGUACCUGCUCUCGUCAUGGCCUGGCUGAUGCUCCGCUGCUGGCCAAGACGUCUUAGCUUGUCUUCCACUCUGUCUUUAGGAGGACUGGUCCUUCUCUUCAUACAUCUCAUUCCACAACAUAGGAGUUCUAUUGCCAUUUCUCUGGUGAUGCUGGGAAAGUUUGGUCUGUCUGCAGCAUUUGCGAUAGUUUAUCCUGCUACCGCCGAGCUUUACCCUACUGUACUGAGGAACACAGCUCUAGGAGCCUGCUCGAUGGCGUCCAGAGUCGGCAGCAUAUCAGCACCAUAUUUCAUCUACUUAGGAGGCUAUUACAGAUCUUUGCCAUAUAUCUUAAUUGGCAGUCUGAAUGUUCUCUCUGGGUUACUCGGUCUUCUGCUUCCAGAGAGUUUUGGAUCACCAUUACCAGAGACCAUCAGUCACAUGCAGACAGUAGCUGGAUUCAGAAAAAGACAUUGCAGUCCAACUGACAGAAAACGUGAAGAGGAGCAUGAAUCUGACUACUUAUAAUGGACUAUAGAGAGAUUUUUUUUUUUUUUUUUUUUUUUUUUUAAGUAUGUGGUAUUUAACCAAUCACACUAAGGCUGUAACUUGUCUUGCCAUUUAGGGGUUACAUUACAAUGUAAUGUUUAUUUUUGAUUCUCAAUGUAACAAAGGCACAAAUCUUUUGCAAUAAUCUUUUGUAAUAACUUUUUAAUACAAAACUUGAUGAAGUUCAUUUAGGACAAGGACCAUGUACAGUAUGUAAUACAUUUUUGGCAUUUGUCAAAUAUUCUGUCUGUCUCUCUGUUUCUCUGUCUCUCUCUCUCUCUCUUCGUGUGUGUGUCUUGGAUUUAGACUAAUUCCAAAUGGAAGUGAUCAUGUCUACCCAUCUGGAGGAGAGACUUGGGGCAUGUGCGUGUCAUAAUGUAGUCAUUUGUAAUGCACUUGGAGAAGUGAGUGUUGUAAUUUCCUCCUUUAUUUUCAGCUGGGAUGUUCACUUGACCAUGCAGCAUGGUCUCUGUCAUGCAGAUGUAGCUGUUUUAUUGUCAAGAAUGUCUUUUUAAUGCUAAUGUAUAAAAACGAAUGUGUCCAUCAACUAAUCUGCUUAGUGCUGUCAGAGACUGCUGCGUUGUCACGGGAACAUGCCAACUAAAGAUAACGAGGAAUUACAUCACUCCUUUCACCAAGUGCAUUCCUUCUGGCUUUAUGACACACACAUGCUCUGCUCACCUCAAAGAGGAUAAGCAUGAUCAUUUCCAUUUAGAAUUCGUCUUUAACCAUCCUUAGUGUCUGUGCUAUCAAUAUGUGCUUUAUUGGUAUUACAGUUGUUACAAUGUAUUGCAAAAGCAGUGUUUGCAUUGAAUAAAGAACAGAUAUGUACUAUUAAUAAAUAAAUAAUAAUAAUAAAUA